CUGGGCAGACCCUCGGGAACUCGCGAUCGACAGGGAUGAAAGGUCAAUCGGGAACGUGCGAAGUACACGUGCCUCGAGCCUCGGGACACCGGUGUCUCGGCUGGAGAUCUAGCACGGUGAUCACGUGGGGAAUUAAGCGGUCGACCGAUGAUGAUGGAGCACAAACAGACAAUCCUGCUGGCGCCGUCGCUGAGCAACAGCAGCUGUUGGCGAGGCGGCACGUCCGAGGCGGCCUGGACGGGUCCAGGCCCUGGAGAAUUGAUACGAGCCACCCUGAUACUGCUGCUCAGCCUUGGUAUCUUGUGCGCCAAUCUUCUGGUGAUAUGCGUCAUCAAUAGCAGGCGGUACAGCAAGUACAUCCACGCUCAGCCCAGAUAUCUGCUGACGAGCUUAGCGAGUAACGACCUAGCGAUUGGUCUACUGGUGACCCCCUUCGGUUUCUUGCCGGCUGUUUACGGAUGUUGGCCGUAUGGCGAGGUGGUCUGCCAGAUUCAGGCACUUCUCAGGGGCGCCUUGACUCAACAGAGCGCCGUUAUCCUCGUCUGCAUGGCGAUCGAUCGUUACGUUUGCAUGCUACACCCCCACCGUUAUCAUAAGCACUCUUCUAAAAGGUAUUACAUGCGGCAGGGUUGCGUGGCGGUGAUGUCGACCACCUGGAUAGCGAGCGUGGCGAUUUUCGGGGUUCUGGUGCUCCCCAGGGGCGGUUACUACUUCAACGGGUCCGGUCUCCUCGCCUGCGACCCUUUCUUCGCCCGGGCGUCCCUUAGAAUUCUCGCGUGUUGCUGUUUUUAUUUCCCGACGACGAUGGUGCUGAUGUACUGCUACGGUUCGGCCUUCCACGUAAACAAACUGCGCCUGAAGAGGGUGGUGUGCGUUAACACGCCUGAGGUCGUUAGCGGCGGACACAUAGAAAGGCUCGUCGCCCACGAGAGACGAUUGUCGACCUCGGCCUCGCGAACAAUGGCCGCGAUGAGCCUGGGUUUCAUCGUCAUGGUCACGCCGUGGACGAUCCAGGAAGUCGUUGCAGCCUGCACCGGAAGCAAGCCACCGCCGUUCCUCGACUUCCUGGCCACGUGGCUCGCUCUCUCCAACAGCUUCUGGAAUCCGUUCCUCUACUGGCUGCUCAACAAUCAUUUCCGCCGAAUUUCGAGGGAGCUCCUUUACAGUAAGAUUCUGUGCAGAUCUAAGCCGUUAGGGACGAAGCAACACUGCUGCGCGACUAGCACCGGCGGCUUGGACGUCUGCAGCAUCGCCGGCGUCGAUCUAUCAGGUUUGGAGCGUUGCUCAAUGGAGCGUUACUCGAUGGCGCGUUGUUCCUCGUUAUCACUGGCGAAUACGCCGCCGCCGCUCUCAUGGGAGGCCGUACACGUGACACAUGGCGACGCGGAGUCCACGUGAGCCAGAGAUGCCGCCACGCAGACGGAGGAUUUCGGAUCUCCGGACGACGCCAGUUAGUACAGCGUGGCGGCAUGCCCGACGCACUUCCGGACGCAUCCGUCUGUACGCCGAAACCCGCGUGGCGUCGCCGUGCCCUCGCUGGCACGAGGGCGAGCUUCCCGCGUCGACGAAGAAGAGGAGAGACAAGGGAAAGAGGAGGAAGAGGAGGAGGUCGCGACGGUCCGGCGUAAUCGGCGCGCUCGACGAGUCGCUCUCUUCGAGUACGCGCGCUUCACGAACCUGCCGGACCUC